AUGUAUCGGAAGUUGUCUAAGUUAGAACACUCGGAAAUAAAACAACUUCUUACAGAAGCUAAUAUAGAUGUUGCAAAGCAUUACGCAACAAACAAAAAAGCACUCGCUGACUUCAUUAAAGACUACAAUGGUGCAAUAAGUUAUGAUAGAAUUCAUGAGUUCAUAAAGCCGCAACGCGGCGAGGACGAAGUCCAUGCAAGAGCAUUUCCUUUAAAUGACAUUGCUAUUGACUUAUAUCAUAGACGUUCAGUACCUCAUGAAGUAAGAAGAGAAAUGUUUGACAUAACAAAUGCAAACGUUGGUGAAACAAGAAGAGCUGUACCACAUGAAGUAAGAAGAGAAAUGUUUGACAUAACAAAUGCAAACGUUGGUGAAACACGAAAGAGAGAUGACACACUGAAACAACAGAGAAGAGAGAUGUUUAAGAGCGCUAUAGAACAAGUUCGCAAAGCUAACGAUGUCAUUCGUUCCAUUGACGACAAACCAAAAGAAGGUGAGAGAUGGUUAAAGAAAGAUGAAGAGAAUAGGAAGAGAAAUGUGAAGACAGGUAAUAGACUCAUUGACUUUAACAUCGAAGCUUUAGAUGAACCGAACAGAGACUACUUACACAAACAUUUCGGUAAGGUUUUCAUGAGACUCUUAGAGAAAAUUAAAAUAAACUCACAACAGAGAUGGAUGGUAUGUUAUAAACUUGGUGGAAAGUAUGAAUGUUCUACGUUAAACCUCAAUAAUAUUGGAACAUUACUACAUCAGCUCUUGAAGGAGAACUUUAUAUCAGAGAUAGAAGCAAAUGCCGCAGGUAUUGUUGAAAUGCACUAUGACUUCUUCUUGACAAACAUAAAGAAUCUUACCGAAAUAAAGAUGUAUGAUUUAACAGAAUAUGAAGGCUUAACGAUGUCAGAUGUAAAGAAAGGCAAACCAAAAAAGAGACCAUAUAGAGAUGAAAGCACACUGACAAAUGACCAGAAAGCCAUUUUGGAAGCUCUUAAGCAAACAGGAAACCCAGCACUUAUAGAAAGCUUUUGGAAAGAUAAUGGUGAAAAGAAGUUUUAUAAGAAGAGAAGCG